AUGCAUAUUUAUUUGACUUCCCUAGGGCCCCCGGCAAGCCUUUUCCAGCCGCCCCGUCGCCCAGGCCUGGGGACUGUUGGGAAACCCAUCCGCCUCCUCGCCAACCAUUUUCAGGUUCAGAUCCCUAAGAUUGAUGUUUAUCACUACGAUGUAGAUAUCAAACCAGAAAAACGCCCCCGAAGAGUGAACAGAGAGGUGGUGGAUACUAUGGUGAGGCACUUCAAGAUGCAGAUAUUCGGUGAUCGGCAGCCUGGAUACGAUGGGAAACGGAACAUGUAUACUGCACACCCAUUACCUAUAGGCCGGGAUAGAGUGGAUAUGGAGGUAACACUUCCAGGAGAGGGGAAGGACCAGACAUUUAAAGUAUCCAUUCAGUGGGUGUCAGUCGUCAGCCUUCAGCUGCUGCUGGAAGCUCUGGCGGGGCACUUGAAUGAAGUUCCUGAAGAUUCUGUACAGGCGCUUGAUGUAAUCACACGGCACCUUCCCUCCAUGAGGUACACUCCUGUGGGUCGCUCCUUUUUCUCCCCUCCUGAAGGUUAUUACCACCCCCUGGGAGGCGGCAGGGAGGUCUGGUUCGGUUUCCACCAGUCGGUCAGGCCUGCCAUGUGGAACAUGAUGCUCAACAUUGAUGUGUCAGCGACUGCUUUCUAUCGCGCCCAGCCUAUCAUUGAGUUCAUGUGUGAGGUCUUGGACAUCCAGAACAUCAAUGAACAAACCAAGCCUCUUACAGACUCCCAGCGCGUCAAAUUUACCAAAGAAAUCAGAGGUCUAAAAGUAGAGGUUACCCAUUGUGGCCAGAUGAAGAGAAAAUACCGAGUUUGCAACGUUACUCGGCGACCAGCCAGUCAUCAGACGUUUCCCCUGCAGCUGGAAAAUGGGCAGGCUAUGGAGUGCACAGUAGCUCAGUAUUUUAAGCAGAAAUACAGUCUGCAGCUAAAAUAUCCUCACCUUCCCUGUCUCCAAGUAGGACAGGAACAGAAACACACAUACUUACCACUUGAGGUGUGUAACAUAGUGGCAGGCCAGAGAUGUAUCAAGAAGCUAACAGACAAUCAGACGUCAACUAUGAUAAAAGCAACUGCAAGAUCUGCGCCGGAUCGACAGGAAGAAAUCAGCAGACUAGUGAAAAGUAACAGUAUGGUUGGUGGACCUGAUCCAUACCUGAAGGAGUUUGGUAUUGUUGUCCAUAAUGAAAUGACAGAGUUGACAGGCAGAGUUUUGCCAGCACCAAUGCUGCAAUAUGGAGGCAGGAACAAGACUGUGGCCACACCAAACCAAGGUGUGUGGGACAUGAGAGGGAAACAGUUCUAUGCUGGCAUUGAGAUUAAAGUUUGGGCUGUUGCCUGUUUUGCUCCUCAAAAACAAUGCAGGGAAGACUUACUAAAGAGUUUUACGGACCAGCUGCGCAAGAUCUCCAAGGAUGCAGGGAUGCCGAUCCAAGGCCAGCCCUGUUUCUGUAAAUACGCCCAGGGUGCGGACAGUGUGGAGCCCAUGUUUAAACACUUAAAACUGACUUAUGUCGGUCUGCAGCUGAUCGUGGUGAUUCUGCCUGGAAAGACGCCCGUGUACGCUGAAGUAAAGCGGGUUGGUGACACUCUUCUAGGAAUGGCGACUCAGUGCGUUCAGGUAAAGAAUGUGGUAAAAACCUCACCACAAACGCUGUCCAACCUGUGUCUGAAGAUAAAUGCGAAGCUUGGAGGAAUCAACAACGUGCUUGUACCUCAUCAAAGGCCCUCGGUGUUCCAGCAGCCAGUGAUCUUUUUGGGAGCAGAUGUCACUCACCCUCCUGCUGGGGAUGGAAAGAAGCCUUCCAUCGCUGCGGUGGUGGGCAGCAUGGACGGCCAUCCGAGCCGCUACUGCGCUACAGUGCGCGUGCAGACCUCCCGUCAGGAGACCUCCCAGGAGCUGCUGUACAGUCAGGAGGUGAUACAGGACCUGACUAAUAUGGUGCGAGAACUAUUGAUCCAAUUUUACAAAUCCACUCGUUUCAAGCCCACAAGGAUCAUUUACUACAGAGGGGGAGUAUCAGAAGGGCAGAUGAAGCAGGUAGCUUGGCCAGAACUGAUAGCAAUCCGGAAGGCCUGUAUUAGUUUGGAAGAAGAUUAUAGACCAGGAAUAACCUACAUUGUUGUGCAGAAAAGGCAUCACACCAGACUAUUCUGUGCUGACAAAACAGAAAGGGUGGGUAAGAGCGGCAACGUACCAGCGGGCACUACUGUGGACAGCACGAUCACACAUCCUUCUGAAUUUGACUUUUACCUCUGUAGCCAUGCGGGGAUUCAGGGAACCAGCCGGCCCUCCCACUACCAGGUCUUGUGGGAUGACAACUGUUUUACUGCAGAUGAGCUACAGCUGUUGACGUAUCAGCUGUGUCACACGUAUGUCCGGUGUACGCGAUCAGUCUCUAUUCCGGCUCCUGCGUACUACGCCAGGCUGGUAGCAUUUAGAGCCAGGUACCAUCUCGUGGACAAGGAUCACGACAGUGCUGAAGGCAGCCACGUGUCAGGACAGAGCAACGGCCGUGAUCCUCAGGCUCUGGCAAAGGCAGUGCAGAUCCACCACGAUACUCAGCAUACGAUGUAUUUUGCUUGAGAGCACCUGGGAAGAUGAGGCAAACCCAACAACCCAUGCAGUCCUGAAAUGUUUUGAAUGCCGACUGCGAUAGCUAGGGCCCAGCUGAUUUCAGACUGCCCGCUACCAGCAGCUCUGAACAGUCGCACUGAAUCUGUACUUCACAGCAAUGUCUGAUGCACCGACACAAUUGAGCCAUUUGUUUCAUUAUUUUGUGUACUAGAAAUUCAUAGACUGUCUUUUCUGAUGCAUUGGACUGAAUUUUUACCUCAAAGCGCAAAAGGCCGAUCAUCCUGAAAUUUUUAAAGGACUUGGCAUGAAAGGUUUCUAUUGAAUAUUUUGCUAGCUAUCGUUUUUAAGUUAUCUUCUCAUCCCAUUAGUUUAUCAUGACGACUGAUUCCCUGUCUUCGUGCACUGCUUAGUGAGUAUGCAUAUUAUGGCAAAAUGUUUUACUCCAGUUAAAUGUAAUUGUUCUAUUGUGUGGGGCCAUAGAUUUUUUAAUGGAGAUUUUAGACUUCACUACUGUAAAUGCCUUUUAACAGCAUAACUUUCACAGGUAUUGCAGUUUUUUGUCAGUUUUACUGAUUAUCUUUUUAAUCUCUGCAGACUUUGGCUGCAAAGCAAUUGCACUAUACUGCGAAUUCAAAUAGGUGGUUCUUGUUCUGUGAAUGUGUAAUAUAACCAGAUAGUGAUGCCUGUCAGUAGAUUUUAAUUAUAAUGGUUAUAAAUAAUACUGCCAUGGUAUCGUAACAAGUACUGAACCAUCAUUUCCCCCUCUAAAAAUGAUAAAAACAAAA